AUGAUAAACCUCGCAGAGUUGACCCCUUACAUCCUGUGUUCCAUCUGCAAAGGUUACUUUAUUGAUGCUACAACUAUUACAGAAUGUCUGCACACCUUUUGUAAAAGCUGCAUAGUGAGACACUUCUAUUAUAGCAACAGAUGUCCAAAAUGCAACAUCGUUGUACAUCAGACACAGCCCCUUUAUAAUAUCAGACUGGACCGGCAACUGCAAGACAUCGUCUAUAAAUUGGUUGUCAAUUUGGAGGAAAGAGAGAAAAAACAAAUGCAUGACUUCUAUAAAGAAAGAGGAUUAGAAGUGCCCAAACCAGCUGUCCCACAGCCAGUUCCAGUGAGCAGAGGAAGACCUCGAAAAGUUCUGGGCUCUGUGUUCCGGAUCCCACCAGAACUUGACAUCUCCAUACUUCUGGAGUUCAUUGGAGCUAACGAAGGCACAGGGAAUUUUAAGCCUUUGGAAAAGAAGUUUGUGCGUGUUUCAGGGGAGGCAACAAUUGGACAUGUGGAGAAAUUCCUCAGAAGAAAAAUGGAUCUGGACCCUACUUGUCAGGUAGACAUAAUAUGUGGUGAUCACCUGCUAGAACACUACCAGACACUGAGGGAAAUUCGUCAAGCCAUAGGAGAGAGUGCAGUACAGGAUGGUUUACUUGUACUGCACUAUGGCCUGGUAGUAUCUCCGCUAACUGUAACUUAACGAUUGCUAGAAUACCAGAAGGCAAAAGUAUCCGAGUCAUCAAGCUUCUUCACUGCUGUUUUUCACCAAAGAAGGCCAUCGUAUCUCCUGUGACAGGAAGCAAGUAAAAGGAACCACCACUAACUGCUGUAUGCUUGUAAUUUAAUGUCUGACUUUACCACUGUAAAAAAUUACAGCUUCUGUAAGUACAGCUAUAGAUGUUGCUAUGCUUUGUGUUACAAAUUACUGUCUUCAGAUUUCACUCAGCUCAGGGAAUUUAAAUGCUCAGAGUAGCUGCAUUUUUUUACUUUCUAAAACCACAAGAUCUCACGGGGUGAACAGCCUUUUUUUUCCUCUAAGCUAUGAGAUAUUGCUUACUUUCUAAGUGUCUAGCUAGAACAGUGCUCUCAGGGAUGAUCUUCAGUGGGCGGUAUAACUUAUUCUGGGGAGGAGACAGUCAUUUGCCUAAAACAAAAGUGUACUGUGAUCAUCUGUCUUUGGAUGUGAUUUGAGGAGAGGAAGGGAACUUUAGAAAUGCAGACCAAAAUGGGUAGAAAAUGACACAUCAUAAGCAUUGUUUUUUGAGAAGUAGCAUUAAAUUUAGUUGUUUUUCUUGAAGAAAAACAAUUUUGUUUGCACUGGAAAUAUAUUUGCUGGUAGUUUGGCUUAUACCAAAUGGUGGAUCAUGCAUCUCUAGUCUUAAUGGAGAUGAGCUGGCUGUAAGCCGGUUAAACUAUGCAUGAAAAAAAAAAAAGUAGCACCUCUUUCUACCUGCUUGCUGUAUGUAAAAUAAUCACUGUCAGCCUGACUCUGCUGUCAUGUAAAAUCUGUCAACUGACUUGACUGGCAGGAGCAUAAAUCCUUUCACUUUAGCACAUAUCUUUCUAGCAGCAGUGAAAAUGGUAGCUUUUUCCACUCUUUCUAAUGUGUAUUAAUUAGCGCAUUGUAGUGGAGACCGGGGUUGAGUAAUGUAAUACUUGCCUGUUACUACCAGAUUCACAGAGGACAUUAGGUAACUUUAAUUUUAACAUAUUGAAUAGUAGGUUUUGUGACAACUGUAAUACUUCAAAUUCUGUUCGGUUUAAGAUUUCCAUGGUUUCUUGCGCAGCAUUAAGGACCAGAGCUUUGCGUGUUGUGGUCUCACUGCAUACGAGGUCAUCAAUGUGGGGAUUCAUGAAAGCUACCGUUAUGCUCCAGGCUCCCUCCCCUCCCUAGAGUCAGUGAAGGGAAAGGGAGGAGAUUCCUUUGUAAAGCGUUUCAGAGCGCCUAAGUUAGCUCAAAUGCACUUGCUCGCUGUCAACCUAAGAGGACUGGCAUCCUUUGUCUAAAGAAAGCUUUCAUGAAUCCUUCCUCAGGUCUUUACAAUAAACGUUCCGUUUUGUCUGUGAAGAUGACACCGUAAGAAAAAAGUCUUGUUUGAAGUCAUUCUUGUGAUGCUUCUAAAAAAAUGUAACAAAAACAUUUCUAGCUACAAAUUCCUAUUUUACCUUUAAAGUUUGUAUAAAAGUAGUGUUUAAAAUGCAGCAGAAAAUGAGAUUAUUUUGUAAACACUUUGUGAGUUGUGUUGAUAAGAGAUUAUAUAUUAUAACAGUAAAAUAAACUUUAUUUUAGCCAAUUUAAAAUUGA